GUUAUUGUUGUUGUUGAACUAUAAUGCAAAUCAAUCGAGGACAAUUUCAAUUGCAUUUUCAAUUUUGAAUGAAAAUAAAUAAUUGUCUACACGUUUCAAGAGUUGGCGAAACAAACAAACAAACAACAUUUACUUAAGGGAAAUCACAAUCCAAUUGAAAUUGUUCAUUUCAGUUUAAUUUUAAAGAGCAAAGUAUUUAGAAUAGAAAAUACAAUUUUCAUUCGCCUUUGAUUAGCAUUAGAUAGUAAUUUUGUACAAUUACGAAAUAGAAAAUAAAAAAAAUAAAUAUCUAUAUGUACUUGUAUCAAGAAUAAAAAAUAAAAGUUAUUACUACAUAUUACAAAUUUGAAAAAUAGAAUAUUAAUGGAAUUCAUGUAAUUUUUAACAGUGUUUGCUAACAAAUUUCUAUAAUAAAUUCUUUAACAUUUCUAAAUUGUAAAGAAAUAUAAUUAAUAACAUCAAGUAUUUACAUAAUACGUAGAGGUUAAAACAUUUGCAACCGAUUAAGUGAUUUAUUAUUGCCACAAUGGGUGGUAUUCCAGAUAUACGACAACUAAUAACGGUCGAAUUUGAAGUGUACGGUCAUGUGCAGGGUUGCUAUUUCACCAAAUUCACUCGAGAUUUGUGCACCAAAGCUGGCAUUACAGGAUGGGUAAAAAAUUCCAAAACGGGCACUAUUUUAGGCAAAAUGCAAGGACCAAAAGAUGAAGUUGAUAAAAUAAUUGACUGGUUGUCGACAAAAGGUUCUCCGGGAUGUCAAAUUGAAAAAUGUGAUUUACGAAAUAUGGGUACAUUAAAUCGUUUAGAUUAUAAGACAUUCGAUAUUAGAUUUUAAUAUAAUUUUCUGCUUAAUUUAUUACUAUACAUACAUACAUAAUUAUAUAUCAUAGGACAUAAGAACGAUUGAUUUAAUUUUUGAGAAAUUUUGUUUUGAUUUGUAUAUUAUUAUUUUUGUAACAAAAUAAAAAUAAAGCCACGGAAAAUGUGCACAAAAAGAGAAAA